AUGAAGAUCCGCGCGGCGAAGAAGAAGCAGAACAAGAAGGUCAAGGCUGCCAAGGCCCGCGCCAAGCACGCGAGGGAGCAGCGCAAGAAGGCGGCGGCGGGCGCGGGUCGGGAUGGGGACGACGACCACGAGAUGGACGCGGCGGACGCCGAGGUGAACGCCGCCGACGAGGACGUAGCCAUCGCGGAGGCCGCCUCGGAGAACCCCAAGCUCUCCGGACGGGCGGCCCGCGCGCUCGCGGUGCAGGCCAGGCGAACGCUCAAGCAGAAGCUCUCGCAGCUCAAGGACCAGCGGCAGAAGAUCGCCAAGAAAUCCAUCGCGCGCCGGGACGAGCGCAAGGCGCUGGGGGCGAAGAUCAAGGCGGCCUUCCAGGUUUCCAAAAACAGCACGGGCGACGCGGAAGCUCUGCUGAGGGCGGCCGAGGACCUCCCCGACGACGACGACGACGACAACUGGGCCGACGAGGACGUCGAGAUGGCGAUGGACUGA